GAAGGUUUGCCUGCCGUGAAGCGCAGAAGAUUAGCCAAGAAAGCCGAAAGGAGCUUUGAAAAGCGAACACGACAUCCUACAGAAGGAAAGAGUAGUGCAUCAUGGGCGUGGAUCUGACCGGUGUUUCGAAGAAGAAGCGUGUGGUCCGCCAUCACACCUACUCGACCAACCCUUACAUCAAGCUUCUCAUCAAGCUCUACAAGUUCUUGGCCAAACGCACCAACUCCGGCUUCAACAAGCUCGUCUACCAGCGUCUUUUGAAGAGCCGCAGUAACCGCGCGCCGGUCUCGCUUAGCCGCAUCGCGGUUGUCAUGAAGCGCAAGUCCAGCUUCCUUGAGAAGAGCAAGAAGGCGCCGAUCGCCGUCGUCGUGGGGGAUAUCCUCGAUGACGUCCGUAUGUCCCGCAUCCCGGCCCUCCGUGUGUGCGCGCUGCGCUUCUCCAAGAACGCGCGGCAAAGCAUCACGGCCGCCGGUGGUGAGUGCUUGACCUUCGACCAACUGGCCAUGAUCGCACCUACGGGGAAGAAUACGUUCUUGCUGCGCGGCCGUAAGUCCGGACGUGAGUCGGUUCGCCACUUCGGUGCCGCUGGCGUGCCUGGCAGCCAUGCCAAGCCGCACUGCUCGAAUCGUGGUAAGGAGACAAAGCGCGGCCGCCGUCCGGGCUGCUCGUACAAGCGCAAGUCCUUCCGUCACGUUUAGGCGUGCAGAAAAGGAAGGCGCGCGGUGGAGGAUUCAAGAAUGCGAAAUACUGGCAGAACCUGUGUUAUUUGUUAAAUACGUAUUUUAAAAAACGAUAAAAAAAUACAUUCUAUGUUUUUGGGAUGAGGGCGAA